AUGUCCCUUAACGUUCUUGUCGUCGGUAACGGUGGUAGAGAACAUGCUAUCUCCUGGAGAUUGGCCCAAUCCCCAUUGGUGCUGAAGAUCUACGUUGCUCCAGGUAACGGUGGUACCUCCACCUCUGACGAUAAGGUGGUUAACGUUCCUGAAUUGUCUGGUUCGCCAAAGCACUUUGACGGUCUCCAAAAAUUUGCUGUUGAGAACAACAUUGGUUUGGUGGUGCCUGGUCCUGAACAGCCUUUGGUCGACGGUAUUUCCACCGUUUUCACCAAGGUUGGUAUCCCCGUUUUCGGUCCAAGUGCUAAGGCUGCUACCAUGGAGGGCUCCAAGGCUUACUCCAAGACAUUCAUGGCCAAGCACAACAUUCCAACUGCUCAGUUUAGAAACUUCACUGACGUGGAUGCUGCCAGAGAGCACAUCAAGCAGGUUGACUACAAGAUCGUCUUGAAGGCUGAUGGUAUCGCUGCCGGUAAAGGUGUCUUGAUCCCAGAGACCAAGGAGGAAGCUUUGACUGGUCUUGACGAGAUCAUGGUGGCCAAGAACUUCGGUGCUGCCGGUGACGAGAUCGUCAUUGAGGAGUGUCUUGAGGGUGACGAGUUGUCCAUCUUGACCAUCACUGAUGGCUACUCUUUCUUCAAUUUGCCUACAUCUCAGGACCACAAGAGAGCCGGGAACGGCGACACUGGUCUUAACACCGGUGGUAUGGGUGCCUACGCUCCUGCCCCAAUUGCUACUCCUGAGGUUUUGAGCAAGAUCGAUGAGAAGAUCAUCAAGCCCACCAUCGACGGUAUGAGAAAGGACGGUUUCCCAAUGUGCGGUGUUCUCUUCACUGGUAUCAUGUUGAGCCCCUCCAAGGAACCAAAGGUGUUGGAGUACAAUGUCAGAUUUGGUGACCCAGAGACCCAGACCGUUUUGCCAUUGUUGACCGAGGACACUGAUUUGGCUGAGGUUAUGUUGGCUGCUGCUGAACACAGAUUGGACUCUGUCGCCAUCAAAACCAAGCCAAACACCUACUCCACCACUGUUGUUAUGGCUGCUGGUGGCUACCCUGAGGCCUACGGCAAGGGUGAUGAGAUAACCUUCAAGGCUACCCCACAAGACACUUACAUCUUCCACGCCGGUACCGCUGAGAAGGACGGCAAGGUCGUCACUGCUGGUGGUCGUGUUAUCGCCGCCACUGCCACUGCCUCCACUUUGAGAGAAUCUGUGGACAAGGCUUAUGUUGGUGUGGACACUGUUUCAUUCAACAAGAAGUACAACAGAACCGAUAUUGCCCACCGUGCUUUCAGAGACGCUGAUGCCACUGCUGGCGGCUCUACCUACGCUGAGGCUGGUGUUUCUGUCGACAACGGUAACUUGUUGGUUGAGCAGAUCAAGGCCAAGGUCAAGUCUACUGCCAGAAAAGGUGCUGACUCUGACAUUGGUGGUUUCGGAGGUUUGUUCGACUUGAAAGCCGCAGGCUUUGAGGGCGAAAACACCUUGUUGGUCGCUGCCACUGACGGUGUUGGUACCAAGUUGAGAAUUGCCCAGAUCAUGGACAUUCACGACACUGUUGGUGUCGACUUGGUUGCCAUGAACGUAAACGACUUGGUUGUGCAGGGUGCUGAGCCAUUGAUCUUCCUUGACUACUUCGCUACCGGCAAGCUCGAUGUCGAGGUUGCUGCCAAGUUUGUCAGUGGUGUCGCUGAUGGUUGUGUCACCGCUGGAUGUGCUUUGGUUGGUGGUGAGACCAGUGAGAUGCCUGGUAUGUACGAUGUCGGUCACUACGACACCAACGGUACCGCUGUUGGUGCUGUCCAUAAGGACAAGAUCUUGCCUAGGAUCUCUGCUAUGAAGGAGGGUGAUGUUUUGAUCGGUUUGAAGUCGGACGGUGUCCACUCUAACGGUUUCUCUCUUGUCCGUCACAUUAUCGAGAAGGCUGGUCUCAAGUAUACCAACCAGGCGCCAUGGAACGAGAAGAAGACCAUUGGUGAGGAGCUUUUGGUGCCUACUAAGAUUUACGUGAAGCAGUUGUUGCCUUCUAUCCAGAAGGACUUGCUUCUCGGAAUGGCUCACAUCACUGGUGGUGGUUUGGUUGAGAACAUUCCUCGUGCAUUGCCCAAGCACUUGCAGGCUCGUGUUGACAUGAGCAAGUGGGAGGUUGCCGAGAUCUUCAAGUGGUUCGGUAAGCAGGGCAGAGUGCCAUAUGAGGACUUGUUGAAGACCUUCAACCUUGGUAUCGGUAUGGUGCUCAUUGUUGAGCAGAACAAGGUUGACUCUGUUCUCAGCGAGCUCAAGCAGGCUGGCGAGGAUGCCGUUGUCAUUGGUGACUUGGGCACCAGAGAGGGUGAUGCUGCUGGCUGUGUUGUCAACAACAUUGGCAAGCUUUACUAA